AUUUUUUUUUUUUGACAAAAACCCCCCAAAACACUGAACCACAACCGUAGAACCCUACCUUCUCCCUCACACUCCUCUCCUGCACUCUCUGCGCGGCCACCGGAGGUCGGAGAUCGGAGGUUAAACUCGUCGGAGAUUCAGCGCGACAUUCUCCUCUCCUCUGGAAUUUUGUUGAACUCCGUACUCCGUUUCGAUCCGCGGCUCACCUGAAUUGCUUAACUCCUCAAUCCUCAAGUAAGCGAGCCCAGCCACUCAGCCAGAUCAGCCUCCCCGGCCGGCGGCCGCCCACCUAUACGCGUCACGCUUUCCCAGCCGGACUCCGACAACCGCCUGGCCGCCCACCUCACGGCUCACGAGUCACCAUUCACCAAUCUUGAGAUGGCAUUUAGAGGUCGAGGACGUGGAAGAGGAUUUGGUGGGAGUGACUUCAAGUUUGCCAAGCAAGAGCCUUUUAUACUUUUUCCUGCUAUUGAGUUGCCUGACAAAGACAAUAUUCCUGAAGAGAAGCUAUUAGCAGCACUUAAUUUUAAGUUCCGGACCCACUUUCAAAGCUCGCCUUACCACCUCAUGGAAACAUACUCUGGAGAAGAAACCGUAGACAUUGAGAGGUAUUCUGACAAGGUCAGCAGGAAACGUAGAUUUGGUCUUGGUCGGGGGUCGCUUUUAGAUUCUGGAUUUAUGAAACUUGAACCUGGGUAUUUUCCACUAGAGCUUGUUCGAGGCGCAAAAUUCAAGACUAAGAGGAAGGUGCGAUGGAAUCCUAAACGAGACCUUGGGAAGCUGGAUUUCCUGGAGGAACUUGAAAAGAAAUCUGAAAUUGAAGACUCAAAGCCCAAGAAAAAGACAGAGGAUGAAGAGGAUGAAGAGGAAGUGGUAGAGGAAGAGGAAGAGGAAGAUGACGAUGAUGAUGAUUAUGGAAAGCAGUUGGAAGACUUUCAAGAUGAUGAAGAUGAGUUUAAUCAGAGUGAUGGUGAUGAUGAGGAAGCUGUCAUGUAGUAAUUUUCCGGUACUUGUGGUGUGGCUCUUUCUGGAUAUUGAAGGCACUGCUGAUUUCAUGCCGCAACAAUCUGACAGGUUCAGUUUUAAUCUUAUAGAUACAUGGUUGAAGAAUUUCUUUCUUUUUUACAAUUUUACUACGUAAAUGGAGAUUUUGCCUGGUAAUACUGUAUAUAGGUAUGAACAGAGAAUUCUAGGUUAUAUUAGACUAGAUCUAAUUUGUUUUGGCAAACAGAGUUUCCUUACUGAACCAAGAUAAACCUCAGCAAUAAAGUUUUAUUUAUUACUAUUUA